GCAGGAGGCCAAAGGCAGCGCCAUCACUUCCUGUUUCCAUUCGAACACAGGCAAGGGCUGCUCUGCGAACGUAGCUCUAGAGACGCGCGCGUUCAACAAGGAGCCCGAAGUGUCUGUAGGUCGGAAGUUUCCAGGCGGCCAAAAGGACCCCUUGAAACGUGGGAGGUUUUCCGACGGGGAGGAGGGGUGUUGGUUGACUAACCCCUCCCCCCACUCCCAUACUCCGCUUUAUAUUGCGGGGGAACAGCGAGCAACCGGAACAGCGAGCAAGGGAGGCGGAGGACCAGAGAGGACAAAGAGGAGAGGCUCUGAUCUGAAAGUCUGAGCUCAACUCCUCCCUUGAAACAGAAAAAUACAGAGACUUUGUCCUGGACCAAUUGAGAGAUUCCCGAAAUUGAAACCUGCUUUCCUUCUGCACCUCCAGCAAUUCCCAUGCAAUGCAAGGCUGAGAAAGGGAGGUCCAGAUCCAAGAACAUUUUCCUUCCAGCCGUCCCCAAGCACCAACCCUUACCAGACAGACCCAUACCACAGCCCCUGGAAAAGACUCAGACCUGGGUCUUCCAAGAUGGUUACCAAGGACCUCCUGAGGUGAAAGGGACUGUGCAGGCGAUUAAUAAACAUCUAGAGGUCAAAGGGGUUAAAAUGUAGCCCAGGAGAUGGAGGAUUAUCAUGCAAGGCAGAGGAUGAAAAAUGGCAUUCGGAAUGCUGAAGCUGAGAAAUAGAGGGAAGGUUGAUGGACAGAGAGCGCCUGCCUUCCCUGCGAGAAAUUAUUUUCCUUAAAAAGGCUAUUCUGCAGCAAACAGUUUUCUAAUAUCAUGCUGUUUUCAUAAGGAUUAUGAAAGGUGCAUGAUACAUUACUAUUAUUUAACAUUAAUCUCCUUUUCAUUUCCUAAACAUGUGGGACAUAGGGAGGAUGUGGGGGAUGUAUAAGAUGUUAAAAUAAGACAAUAUGCUAAUUGCACUUGAUUUGUGUCACAUUCCUUAAAACACCUACAGGAUUCUAUUUUCCUGCCACUCUAAAGCAGGUGAUGGAGAAGAAAGUCAGAAUUCUGACUGCAGAUCAACAAACUCACACAGGGAAGAAACCAUUUAAAUGCAUGGAGUGUGGAAAGCAGUUCACUUAUAGUGGAAAUCUUAGAAAACAUAAACGAAUUCACACAGGGGUUAAACCAUUUAAAUGUUUGGAGUGUGGAAAGAGCUUCAGUCAGAAUGGAAACCUAAGACAACACCAACGAACUCACACAGGGGAGAAACCCUUUAAAUGCGUGGAAUGUGGAAAGAGCUUCGGUGAAAGUGGGACACUUAGAAAACAUCAACAGAUUCACACAGGGGAGAAACCAUUUAAAUGUAUGGAGUGCGGGAAGAGCUUCAUUGAAAGUGGGACACUUAGAAAACACCAGCGGACUCACACAGGGGAGAAACCAUUUAAAUGUAUGGAGUGUGGAAAGAGCUUCAGUCAGAAGGGAAACCUUAGAGAACAUCAACGAACUCACACCGGGGAUAAACCAUUUAAAUGCAUAGAGUGUGGGAAAAGCUUCACGUUUAGUUCAGCAUUCAGACAACACCAACGGACUCACACAAGGGAAAAACCAUUGAAAUGUGGAAAGAUCUUCCCUGAUACUGGAAAUCUUAGAGAACAUCAACAAACUCACACAGGGGGGAAACCAUUUAAAUGUAUGGAAUGUGGAAAGGCCUUCAGUCAAAAAAGAAACCUUAGACAACAUAAACAAACUCACAUGGGAAAGAAACCACACAGGGAUAAAACCCUUUAAAUACAGAGUGUGGACAAAUCUUCGCUGUUGGUGGAACACUGUGAAUAUAUCAAUGGACUCACAGAGGGGGGAAACCAUUCAAAUGUAUGGAAUGCAGAAAGAGCUUCACUUAAAGUGGAUCACUUAGAAAACAUCAACAGACUCUCAGAGGCGAGAAAUCAUUUGUAUGUCUGGAGUGUAAAACAUAUGUUAAAUGUAUAGAAGUCUAUGUGAUGUUCUGGUAUUUGUAUAUAAACUGGUACAUAUUUGUCA